UAUUAAUUUGUGUGAACUUGUCAAGCUAUACCGGAUCCGAUAACAUAAAUAUUUUUAAGAAUGUACAAUUUACUUGCUACUAAAUAUAUUUAAUGACUAAUAUCUAAUUUAUAUUUUUGUGUUUGCGGAAUUCAAUCAAUAACUUUCACAAUGUCGGCGGCCUUCUCAAACAUCGGUGAAAUGAUAGACCUAUCGAUAGGUACACCCGAGAACGGUGUAGUGGACUUCAACAUGCUGCAAGCCGUGCUGCACUGUCUGGCGCAGCAGCUCGGGGUGCUCAGCAAGGGGGUAGAGCUGCGCGGCAGUGCUGCCAACAUUCCCACAGCAAUGAAGGAGAACUCCAAGACCAUCAACAUCAAGGAGUAUACAUAUGACACGGAUAAGGCGCCAGGCGAGAUCACUAAGAAGGAUGAGAUUGUUGGAGCUAAACGUCCUGGAGGCCCAUUGGAGGACGACACGAUAUUAGUCGUUGAACGAGUCCGUAAGGGAGAAUUGGGUACAAAGGCCGUUAUUUCUUCACAACCGGCAGAUGGAAGAACGAAAAGCUCACUAAAAGUUGCAGGACAAACGCCCUCUGGUGAGAAGUUGUCACUGGUCACAGUCAGCAAGUUCAACCUGCUAGAGGCCAAGGUCAACGACCUGAACAACCGAGUGUAUGGCAGCAUGCCCAAGAACGAAGAUAUGUUGGAGGAAGUCAGAUCUCAGACAAACAUGAAGGCGAUCACGGAUAUGUGGAGCACUCUGAACGUGUCAUCUCGCUUGGAAGCCGCAGAGGAAGGCCUCGCCAAACUCAGCUCCUUGAUCCAAGACCUUAUCAGUGCAACACCAGGAUGCAAAAACUAUGGGGAUCUUGAGGAUCGCCUCAACGACCUAGCUGCUAUGUUCAAUGCCGCUAUGAUGGAACUUAGAGGCGGGACAGCAGGCCUCUUAGACGGAGGAAGGCAAGGCGGCUCUGCCGACCGAUCUAGAACUUGUGGUGCUAGCGGUCCAGACACAGACGCACACAGAACUUCCCUGCGGUACACAACUUCCCAAGAACACCGCACAUCCGUCACGUAUCCAGGCACAGGGGAAUACCCUCAUGCCAGAAUGCCUUCAGAACAACAAAGGGCAUCUGAAGAUUGCAAAGAUUCGACAAGAUGUGUGUCAGUAGCAGGCGUUGCACCUGGAAGUCAGUUCACUGCUGCUGGAGGUCAGUCUACGGCUGCAGGCCUGCCUGCGGGUGGGACGCCCUCGGCUGCAGGCCUGCCUGCGGGUGGAACGCCCUCGGCUGCGCCGCUUACCAGCCCUAGCGAGAUGAUAAUGACUCCAGUGGGACCCAAACAAUUGACGUUGGGAAACCUAUGCGUGACACUUACGUCUCGUAUGAACGAGCUGGAGAACAUGAUGAAGGAUUGCUGCCAAGACGUGCACAAGUAUGAAUGCAUUAUUACGGAAAAGAUCCAAUCAUUGGAUGAUCAAAUGGUAGACCUUCUCAAAAAAGUGCAUGACCAACCAGAAAAAGAUCCUUCUGAAAGUGAAAUAAAAGAUAAUUUGGAAAAAAUAUCAGAAGUAUUUGAUACAGUAAAUAACCUGCAAAGCCAGCUCCAUGACUUGAGCGCAAGUGCACAGCAACUGGCAGCCGAAAAGACUGAAAGGGAACGAAAUAUUAAUACCCUUCUAGAACAAAUCGAGCUGCUGAAAGUGACAAAGAUGGACCGCGAGGACGUGAUCGAGGCGAUGGCUGACAAGGUGGACCUGCAGAUGCUGACGAGGAAGGUCUCCAGGGACCAGUUUGAGACGGCCUGCGACGACCUGGCUAAGGGACUGGAGAAUACUCUUGAAAAACUUAAUAUGCAGGAGUCCCUCUGGCAACAAGCACUGGACGACAUCCAACGCGAGAUCGAGACAAAGCUGGACAAGCUGGAGCUGUGUCCUGUGAAGGAGUUCUUCAACUCCAAGCUGAGGCAACUGCAGGAGAACUUGAAGAAGAUUGCCGCAUUGAAGCGCGAGGUCGAAGCCGCUGGUACUAAGAGGAAAUUGUUGAGGGACGUGAAGUGUAUAUCCUGUGACGCGGAGGCGGUGAUGUCGGUGGAGCCGCCCCCGCCGCCCGCGCCCCGCGCCGCGCAGCCCACCAUGUCUAUGAAACCGUAUCUCACCUACGAACUAGAUGCCAUCCGCAAGCAGCAGGCGUGUCCGGUGCAGCAGCGGAACAUGCGUGACUGGGAACACAUUGGCAAACAAAUGACGCAAGUCAAACCUCUUAGGGCGAGGUCAGCCGUCUCAGACAAGCACCUCUGCAGCCGCUACUGCGGGGGCUCGCACACGGUGACGACGGCGGCGCAGCGCGUGGCGCGCACCGGCCACUUCCUCGCGCAGUGGGGGCCCGACGUGCUGCCGCUCACCACGGCGCUGGCCGCUGGCGAUGAUGGGAAGUUUUACCGCGUGACGACAAGCGAGAACGUAAAGGCAGGUCCGGAUGAGCCUUGCACCCCACGCACGAGCAAGAAACAAGAAAGAACUUCUAUUUCUGGAGACGAUUGCCGCUGCCUUGAAGAAAAGAGUGAGAAGUGAUGACAGAGAGCACAGACAUGUCUGUGAAUGAAUGAAAAAUGUAACCUAAUAAUAAAAAUAUGGACUAUAAUAGUAAAUAAAGAGCAUUUGCUAUA